ACAGACCAGAAAGGGAGGAUAAAUUCCCCUGCUAUCCCUUAGUCACUUUUAAUCUGGACACAGGAAAGAACGUGAUAAAUAAGAAGGAAAUGCACCUUGAAUUAGUCCGUUUAUCAGCUGAUGGAUUGCUGUGACUUGUUCAGUGUAUGACUCUCUACAUCUAGCUGUCUCUGGAAAGGAGAUGGUGGGCCUGGCUGUCUCCUCCUCAGCAGCUGUUUCUGCAAUGGAGCUUUUGGUGACGGAGUUGAGUGUCCUGUUGAAGCUGUUGGACCAUGAGACCCUGAGCUGUGCUACAGAAGAGAAGAAAACGGCUGUGAAAAACCUUCUCAGACAACUUCAGCCCUCAGUCACUGGAAAAGACUAUAUGUACAUGAACACCUCCGUGUACAGAAACGGAACCAGCUUUGUCGAAUCUCUUUUUGAUACAUUCGAUUGUGACCUUGGGGACCUGAAAGUUGAAAUGGAGGAUCAAAAGAAAGAGCCAGAGACAAACCAGACCGACCACUGUGUCUCCAAGCCAAGCUCAACGGGCUCGCCUCCCCCCCUGCCCAACACACCACCUCCAGAGGAUUACUAUGAAGAGGCCGUGCCACUCAGCCCUGGAAAGAUGCCAGAAUAUAUAACCAGCCGCAGCAGCUCCAGCCCUCCUAAUUCCAUUGAAGAUGGAUAUUACGAAGAUGCUGAGAACAAUUACCCAACAACGCAAGUGAACGGACGACGCAAGAACUCCUAUAAUGACUCGGAUGCCUUAAGCAGUUCUUAUGAGUCAUAUGACGAGGAAGAGGAAGAGAAAGGCCAGCGUUUGACACACCAGUGGCCCUCAGAGGAGAACUCCAUGGCCCCGGUGAGAGACUGCCAUAUCUGUGCCUUCCUACUAAGGAAAAAACGCUUCGGCCAGUGGGCCAAACAGCUCACUGUCAUUCGUGAAAACAGACUCCAGUGUUAUAAAAGCUCUAAAGACCAGUCGCCCUACACGGAUAUACCACUCAGCCUGUGCACUGUCAUCUACGUGCCCAAAGACGGCCGGAGGAAGAAACACGAGCUCCGAUUCUCCCUUCCCGGUGGAGAGGCGCUGGUGUUGGCCGUGCAGAGCAAGGAGCAGGCCGAGAAAUGGCUCCAAGUGGUGCGUGACGUUACAGGCCAGGGGAAUGGGUUGGAAAGCCCAUCAUCUCCCAUGAUUCCUAGGAAGAUUGAAAUGGAUAAGUGGUGUUCUGCAGAGAAGCAAACCUCAGAUUCUGACAGUGUGCCAAGUGGAGAAAGUGCUCGUGACAGCCGGGAAAAUGGUAAACCCAAGCGAGGUGGACUGUCAGAGCUAACGGGCACCGUAAGCCGAGCUGCAGGAAGAAAGAUCACAAGAAUUAUCAGUUUCUCCAAAAGAAAGCCUCCACUGCCAGGAGACGCCCGCAUGUCUCUCGACCAGGAUCCCCGGUGUGGUUAUGUGGGAGUGCUGUUGAAUCAGUGCUGGAGGGAACACUGGUGUCGUGUGCGGGCCGGAUCUCUUUACCUUUACCACGAGAAAGCAGAACAGCGAGUCCCCCACACCGCUGUGGCUCUGAAGGGCUGUGAGGUUGUCCCAGGCCUCGGGCCCAAACACCCCUUCGCCCUGAGGAUACUGAAAGGAGGUGCAGAGCUGGCAGCUUUAGAGGCGAGUUGUUCGGAGGACAUGGGCCGCUGGCUGGGAGUCCUGUUGGCAGAAACUGGUUCCUCUGCCGACCCCGAGUCCCUACAUUAUGACUAUGUAGAUGUGGAAACUAUCGCCAACAUCCGCACGGCUGCCCGUCACUCUUUCCUAUGGGCAACCUCCACAGAUUCACGAACAUAUGAUGAGGUCCCUUUUGAAGCCAUAGAGCAGGGACAUGAGAGGUUUAGGGGAGGAGCACAAACGAAGCGUCGUUCUUCUUUCUCCAGCAGUGACACAGGAAAGCCCAGUCCACAAAUCACCCUAAAGCGCCACGGCUCCAAUGCAAAUCAAUACGGGAGGUAUGGGAAAACGCGGGCACAGGAGGAUGCACGCCGCUUCUUGAAAGAAAAAGAAGACCUGGAGACAGAAAUAGACAGUAUCAGAAGUGCACUAGUCUCACUGCGGAAGAAGAAACGAGAGGCAAAGGAGAAAAUGAAAGGUGCAACGGAUAAGCAGAGGUUGGCUUUAGAGGAGCGUGUCGUCCAGUUGGAGGACAGCUGCCGGGUGAAAGAGGGUGAGCGUGUGGAUCUAGAGCUCAGGCUCACGCAGGUGAAGGAGAACCUGAAGAAAUCUCUGGCUGGUGGAGAAAUGGAGGCGCCUAGUACGCCUACAGAGUCUAAACCUACAAACAAGACUCAAAGGACGGAGACUCAGUAUAUUGAGUCGGUUCUCCCUGUCAACUGCGCCUCUGAAAUGCGUAAGCGACCUCCCUCCAUCUAUGCAUCCACAAAGGGAAAUGUUAUGCAGAAAGCCAAGGAAUGGGAAUCUAAGAAGGGGACUUAGAGAAACUGCUGAUCAGGAAGACUUCACGAUUAAUAUGAGGACUUGCACCAACAGACUGCUGUAUAUGCAACUCUAUGGUGACUGCCACUUUUAUAACUUUACAGUGGAGUUAGAAUGACAAAGCACCAGCUCUAUUAUAAUACUUUGCAGCCAAAUGAUGUCCUCUUCAUGUGUCUUGUGAAGUUCCAUGUGACAAGCAUAAAAUGGCAUCAGUGUUGAAGGAUUGAGAGGGUAUGAUGAAAUAAGUUUGUCAGUUGAAAGUGAAAGAAAGAAUUGUGGUUAAGUUGUAAAAGAAGCAGAGGAUGGUAAUGCAUGUGAGACAAUCCACUUUAAAAACUCUUUAAUUUAAAAGAGGCAUGGUAACGGAUUUGUACAGGUUUUUUUUUCACUCCAUUGCUCAUAUUUCUAGGGUAAUUCCAGCUCUUAACCAAGUGGUGCUAAUAACAGUGUACAUUUGAAAAUUGUAUAUAUUUUUUUUAACAUUCUUUUUAAAUCUAGCUUCAUAGUAUCUGAUACUCAUGUUUGUAUCCCUCCCCCAUUUCUUUACCACCUUUUAAUGUGAGUAACAUUUGCACUUUAAAUGUCUUUAGACAUGGAGAUGGGAAUAUUCUUUUAAUAAAGACAAAAUGUAUCUUUG